AUGGUUCAACUACAUGGCCAACAGGUGCGUUCAACUUAUAACGAUAUAGGCCCAAUUAAACUAAACCCCAAAUUUCAAUUCAAUGAAUACACCUGUCAAGCAAUCCCACUUAUUAAUGCCGGAGAGAAGACUGAGCCUGGUACUUUGGCCCUUGCGGGUGGAUGGGGAAGAACGGAAGACAAUAUAUAUCCCGAACAUCUGUUUAAAGUCUUAGUUCCAAUACUAUCCCGUGAGGAAUGCGACUCUUAUUUUUCUAGCCCUUUACCAAUGGGGCAAAUUUGUGCUGGAUUCAAGGAAGGUAGUUAUGAUUCAUAUGAUGGUGAUUCAGGUGGUCCAUUGUCAGUCGGAAAUUUGCUUGUUCGAAUAGUGUCUUAUGGAAAUGGAUGUGGUAAGCCUUAUGCCCCUGGUGUCUAUGCUGAGGUUGCGUACUAUCGGAAUUGGAUAAAGCAAAAAACGGGAAUUUGA